UAUUGCUUCCUCCGGGAUAUUGAAUAUCUUAAUGCGUGAGAGGUCUUUGUUAUGACGCAGGUUAACACGAAGCUCGUCUAUAUCCUCGACGAGACCUGCUGGGUGGGCGGAGGAUGGUCACCGAGCAAAGGUCUCCUUUCGUUCCGCCAAUCUAGCCUGGACAUCACAGUUGAGGAGGGUGGUUUGAUCAGCACCUGGUGGCCGGGACGUAACGGGACGGGAUCCCGUCUUGUCAACACAAGCUGCGAAGACGGUGCUCGUGCUUCCUCCAGGGAUUUCGUCACCGGUGCGGCUAUUUUUGGAAAGCAGCUAUUUUUAUCGGGCUACCAUGGCGCCACUCCGGCGGGAUCUUGGCUGACAGCCCUGAGUGCGGAGACUGGGAACAGAUCCUCCCUCCCGCUGAUGAUCGACUACGCAGCGGCGAUCGCGUUCGAUCCCUCGUUGAAGAACUUAUACGUCGCCAGCGGGGCAGUGCCACCUUUUACUAUCUAUUCUUCCCCCGUCACAUUCGACGAGACUGGCCUUCCGUCGAACAAGGCACUCGCGCUCUCCCAAGUCUUUGCAGCCAAUUACUCUGUGCAGUCGAUUUACUUUGGGCCCUACAGCUUCGACCCACAGGGAGCAUGUUUGUACUUCCUCGAUCGGGUUGGCGGGGCCGUCUGGGCCCUCGACCUUGUGUCCAAGAGUGUCAAAUCCGUCGCCGGAGGGCCCAUAACGGCCGCAGACGGAGUCUCUAACGCUCUCAACGUGUCUUUCGGGGGGCUGUAUGACCUGGCAGUGACUGACGACGGAAACAACAUCUUCGUAUCUGAAAAUGACACGGGUAUGGUGAAACGCAUACAGCUCGAGUCUCCAUGUGGCUUGGCCCGGCGGGUAUCUAACGUGGCCGAGUAUCGGCCUCGUGAUGGGUCUGAAGGUUAUGGGCUGGCUACUGGGAAGUAUGACGAAGAGUGUAUCCUGGUAAUAGGUACACACGACUACCAAGCACUUCGACUGGCCAUCGACAGGGCCGCCCUGCAGAGGGAGACGCCGCUGGACCCUCCUCCUCCCUCUUCUUCCUCUUCUUCUUCUUCCUCCACUUCUUCUUCUUCCUAUUCUUCUUCUUCUUCUUCUUCUUCUUCUUCACCUCAUGCACCCCCGUCUUCUUCGCCGUCUACUUGCGAGUGUCGAGACAGGACAGGCAUCCCCUUGGUCGUCGGGAUACCUGUGGGGGGUGUGUUCGCUGUAGUGGCCGCCUUCGCAGGAGCAGCAGCAGCAGUAAUGUUGAUACGAAAGCGGGAGCGACAGUCCGGGAAUGGCAUUAAGAUCCACAGCAUCGAGGAAUUCAGAUGGGCAACCUUGGUGAAGGCAACAAAAAGUUGGUCUUAUCGGAUCGGAGAGGGAGGUUUUGGUGUUGUCUAUUUGGGAGAAUUGGAACGUGAGCAGGGUGAAGAGCAGGAAAGGGGUGUCGGAAGAACGGGGCGGGGAGAGAGACAGAGUAGACGGUUCGCGUACCAGAAUUUACUGAAUGCACCAGAGAAUGUGACUGUAGAACAGAUCGCCGUCAAGGUUAUGAAUGCGCAGGGCGUGAAUAUCGACACACAGCAGUCCAGGGACGAAAGGAAUAUUUUGAAACAAUUCCGCACAGAACCGCAGGAGGAGCGGAAGGGACAGGAGCAGAGGGAUUGCAAGAUGACCCAAGAGCAGCAGCGGCGAGAAGAGAAGCAGCGGCAGGAGAGCAACUGGGAGAGACGGCAGAAAGAGGAGGAGGAGGAGGAGGGGGAGGAGGGGGAGGAGGCGGAGGAGGAAGAGGAGGAGGAGGAGGAGGAGGAGGAGGAGGAGGAGGAGGAGGAGGAGGAGGAGGAGGAGGAGGAGGAGGAGGAGGAGGAGGAGGAGAAGGACGAGGAGAAGGACGAGGAGGAGGAUGAGGAGGAGGAGGAGGAGGAGGAGGAGGAGGACAAGGAGGAGGAGGAGGAGAAGGACAAGGAGGAGGAGGAGGAGGAGGAAGAGGAGGAGGAGGAGAAGAACAGGGAGGACAAGGAGGCGAAGGAGGAGGAAGAGGAGGAGGAGGAGAAGGACGAGGAGGAAGAGGAGGAGGAGAAGGACGAGGAGGAAGAGGAGGAGGAGGAGGAGGACGGGGAGGAGGAGGAAGAGGAGGACGAGGAGAAGGACGAAGAGGAGGAAGAGGAGGAAGCGGGAUUUGUGGCACUUGCUCUUGGAGAUGCUCACUGGCAAAGAGGCAGCUGUCCGUUGCCCCGGGGGGGAAUACGGACCCUUGUGGUCGUCGAACAAGAGAACCUCAGAGCGUGCACUCUCGAUAGGGACUUUGAUCUGACGACGAUGGUCGAUCCUGCCAUUCGAAGGGACAUCACGAGGCCUGCAUUUAUGGGACUGACCAGACAAAUGCUAUGCCUGGUUGCUGAAUGUGUCAGCACGGACCCGCGAAUGCGGCCGACGAUCACCAACGCCGCCGCCAGGAUGGAGACCAUAAUGCAGGGGGCAGGACUGACUCCCAAUGCGUCAGGAAAUUGAAACGAAUCACGGCAAGCUAUUCUACUUAAUUAGGUAAUCGCUGUACCUACACCUUUGUGACUUUGACUGCAAUGCUACCACUCGAGCAAUGCCUAUAGACUUUAACAGCGAUGGGGCAGAUGGCGAUGUUCCUGUCAACGGCUGGGGAAGGCUAUACCUACAGCGUUGUCUACAAUGCUACCACUCCAGGCUGCGAAGUACUGUUGACGGCUCUCAAGCUGCUAAUUGGGUGCUACAGAUAUAGCGGGAGAUAAAGCAAUGGCUACGUA